UUCGUAUGGUUGUUUCAGGGGUUUGUUCAAGAGGCUCAUUUAACCCAAACACUAAAAUUAAAAAGACUGUAAUAAAAAAAUAACUUGCCUAUAGUAUCUAUCUAUGUGGAACAUAAUAACGAAGACACUUCAAUUUGUAUACUAAUUUUUACACUUAAGUUUCUUUAAAUCUUUAGUCCUUUUACAAAUAUGUCACAACUUGAAAUAUCAUGUGGUUUGGAUUAUAUUACCACCCCAGACUUGCAAGCAUGUCUCACAGAAGCUCUUCACUGCAAUUAUUCAUUUAUUGUUUCACCUAUUGUUCAUCCGCGUUUUCGUAGACAGUAUGUUACAAAUGUCGGCAAAACUGGCGGAUUUACCCGAUCGGAUAUGGUUUUAUCACCUCAAGAUUGGACUACCAGAUUGGUCGGAAAGCUUUCUCCUUAUUUAAAUGUUGAUUCGGCUUCGUCUACCGUUCGUCAACGACAUGAAGAUUGUAUGAACGAGGAAUUAUCAUACUGCCGGGGCUUGGGUGUACCGGCAAUAAUGCUUACUUUACAUGGACGGGACACUAAUAAUUUAGCAAGAAUAUUACAAACAUAUUAUGAAACAAGCCAUCAUAUAUCUCUUAUUUGGGCACGAGUACCCAUGGUGUGUAAUAAAAUGUUACGAGACCAUGUUGAUCAUGAAGAUAAUGGGGAUAGUGAGGAAUCAUGGAAUGAAACAUGGUUUUGGUGGUCUAAAUUCCAUGAACGGUUGGAAUGGGACAAGAGAGUCGGUGUUGUACUGGAGCUGUCUGCUGAUCUCCCAUCAGAAGAUUUGUUGAAAAGGUGGCUCGGAGAGCCAGUGAAAGCUAUUAUUGUGCCAACAUCUAUAUUUCACAAUAACAAAAAAGGUUAUCCAGUAUUAUCAAGAGCACAUCAGCAGUUAGUAGUAAAUAUGGUGGAACAUGAAGCUCAAGUGAUAGUAAGUGGUGCUAGAAGAUCCAACAUAGAGUUCUAUUUGCAGUAUUUGUAUAGGUUAUGGAAGAGACGUCCAAAUCCAGCUGAUGAUCCCAUGUUAAGUUAUGCUAGAGGAUGGGAAGAUUAUCUUCAAACUCCGCUACAACCGCUAGCAGAUAAUCUAGACACACAUACAUAUAAUGUGUUUGAGAAAGAUCCUGUCAAGUAUGACCAGUACCAAAAGGCCAUUGCACUAGCUUUAACUGAUCUCCAAAAAUUAGAUACACAGGUUCAUAAUAAAGAUGCUUCUAUAUUAGAUGCUAUGGUAGAAAAAAAGGAAUCAGGACAAGGAGAUAGUGAUAAUAACAACAAAAAGGUUUUCACUGUUAUGGUAUUAGGCGCUGGUCGAGGACCAUUAGUACGGGCUACAUUAAAUGCAGCCGAUAUCACAAACAGUAAAGUGAAGGUGAUAGCAGUAGAAAAAAACCCUUGUGCUGUAGUGGUGCUGGCAGCCCAAGUACGCGAAGUGUGGCGGGACCGAGAUGUUGUUGUUGUACCAGGGGACAUGAGGCAAUUAAACCUGACGCCGAAGGCAGAUAUUAUUGUCUCUGAAUUAUUAGGAUCUUGGGGUGACAAUGAACUAUCACCAGAAUGCUUGGAUGGUGCUGCUGGUCUAUUGAAACCUGGUGGCAUAUCAAUACCCUGUAAAUAUAAGUCUUAUGUUGCACCAAUUUCAUCUCCACGCCUAUGGGCAGCAGCUAAAGCAGCAUCAACUGGUACUGUGACAUCAAAGGACAAGAAUCUUGAAACAUUGUGGGUUGUUUAUAUGCAGAAUAAACAUGACAUAGCAGAAACAAAGGAAGUGUUUACCUUUGAGCACCCCGUAAAGGGUAUAGUGGACCAUAAUGGACAAGAAAUAUCAGAUUACAGGGGAUUGCCACUAACAGAUAACAGAAGAUCAGCCACUAUAUCUUGGGAAGUUAAGCAAGACAACGUAAUGCACGGUUUUGGUGGAUAUUUCGAUUGUUUAUUAUAUGGCAAUGAUAUUAUAAGUAUAGUACCAUCUACACAUAGUCCUGGUAUGAUUUCUUGGUUCCCAGUUUUUAUUCCAAUCAAGACACCAUUGCGGGUUGAAAAAGGACAAGUGAUAACAGCAACUUUUUGGCGAUGUGUAGAUUCCCGUCGAGUAUGGUACGAAUGGAUAGUAGAAGUUGGUGAUCGGACGACGCCAUUACAUAAUUCCAAUGGACGAAGUUCAGAAAUGUUAUUAUGAUUUGAUUUUUGUGAAAUUGCUAUAAGUGAAAGUUAUUAAAUAAAUAUAAUUAAAUUUCCAAAUUAAA